AGCCUUUUUAAAAAAACAGUUGGGCCAUUUAUCACCUAUAUAAAAGCCCAUACUUAUUAUUGGGCCAACAAUUUUUAAUCUACAAGCGCCUCGGCUUUUUAACAAAUUCUCCAAGCAUCGCCAACUCGAACCACUCUCGCUACUAGAGCCCACCGACUCGAGCCUAGUUUCCUUUUUUACCUAACGAUGCCGUUAUGGUUGAUACCACCACUAGCCAUUAGCCAACAUGAUCAUGACACCUGGACAUGAUCGGUCCUCUCAUUUUCUUGUUUUUCCUCCUCCUCAUUUGAUUUUUAUUUUUAUUUUUAAUAAAAUUAAUUCCUAAAUUUAGUCCGCUUUCUCUCACUUAUCCGCUCGGCCGCUUCCACAUCGCUUGGCCGCAGCCGCCGCCGUCCGCCGUCGCUAUCCACCACCAGAUUUUAAAUCCCCGCCGGAAGUUCACCUUCAAUACCCAAUAUCUGUUAUAAGUUUGGUGGAUGAAGUUGCUGGAUAUUGCUUGAGAUCGUCAUCUGACCUCAAAACUCAUAGUCCUGAGUACUUUGCUACUUGGCGUAUUUAUUUUAUCUGGUUGGCCAUUUUUGUCCUGAAAAGCUUCAGGAUUUAAGGAAAACAGAGACUUUGUAUAGUAGGGUUUGUCCUACUUAUUGGAGCUGAUGGUGUAAUAAUACAUAUAAUAGCAGAAGACUGCGUCAUCAAAUCUAUUAUCAAUGUCAGAAGGUGAUUUGGCCGUCAUGAAACCAGAGACCAUGAAGUCCUACAUCUGGCUUCAAACUGCUGAUGGUUCAAUCCAGCAAGUGGAACAAGAGGUUGCAAUGUUCUGUCCCAUGAUUUGUCAAGAGGUAAUACAGAAGGGUGUUGGAUCCUCUAAAAAUCAUGCAAUAUCGCUUCCACAACGAGUUAAUCCAGCUAUGUUCAGCUUGAUUCUUGAUUACUGCAGAUUUCAUCAACUGCCAGGACGUUCAAAUAAGGAACGAAAAACUUAUGAUGAAAGAUUCAUCCGAAUGGACACAAAGAGGCUCUGUGAGUUGACCUCUGCCGCUGACAGUUUGCAGCUGAAACCUUUGGUUGAUCUUACUAGUCGCGCACUUGCAAGAAUCAUUGAAGGAAAAAACCCUGAGGAGAUACGAGAAAUAUUUCAUUUGCCUGAUGACCUUACUGAGGAGGAGAAAUUAGAGCCUCUGAAGAACUCAAUGGAUGAUCCACGGAUUCGACUACUGAAUAGAUUAUAUGCAAAGAAAAGAAAGGAACUGAAAGAAAGAGAGAGAUUGAAGAAUGUUGAGGUUGAAGAACACGUGGACGAACGUUCUGUGGAUGACCUGUUAUCAUUUAUUAACGGCAGAGAUCACAAGGCUGUAAAGAUGUCAAAGGGAAAAAAGAAGAAAAAGAAAAAGAAGGAUCAGAAGAUUGUUUCUUCAAAUAACAUUCAUGACAAGGAAUCACAUGAUCUCCGUUCCAAACAACAAUGUGUUGAAGAGAUUGGGUCCAGCAUGAGAGAGGUACCCAACUUACUUAGUGCAGAAGAUGACAUUUCUACGCCAAAUGCCGGGUCUGAAGAUGAAGAUAUAGACGAUGAAAUCGAUCCAGCCAUGAGGGAACUGCUUGAUAGAGAGGUUGAAGAUUUUGCUCAAAGACUGAACUCCAAUUGGGUUCGGUCGCUAGGAAAAGAAAGAAGGCCUGUACACUUCUCCAUAAAUGGCAACGGGACUACAAGACGGCAUACAGGUCAAUCUCCAUGACACGAUUGAAGCUGAUAAUGGAACAGUUUUGGUUAAGUAUGUGAGCAAAUAGAAAGAAAAGAGAAUGGUUCACCAGUCAGUCACCACCGGCGUUUGAUGCGUGUCCUCACGUAACAGUUUUGAUUUUGAUUGUUUUACUCUCUAGUGGUCCAUCUUUUUCUUUGUAAACCCACGUUCUACGUUAGUUAUUUUUUUUGUUCCAAUUUGUGUUUAGGUUCCAUUGUUUUAGCAUUUAGAAAUUAAUCAUAUACACACACUCUGAUAUCACCACCAUUGCGAGUGUAAUA